GUGAAGGAAACGGGAAAGUGAAUCUAUCUCGCGGGAAAGGAAACGGCUGGAUAGGAUCAAAUUAACAAAAUCCACGUCUUAUCUAUCCAUGGCGGCUCGUACUGUUCCUUCUACUCUCUUCAGCCAAACUUCUACUCUCAUUUUCUCUUCCCGAAAUCAAUGGAGGGCCCUGAGCCCCUCCCUCCCUGUGAGCAUCGUAAAACGUGCUCUCACUUGUUGCUCGGCGAAGAAGAAGAAGAAUAUCACCUUUGUGGAUCAAAUCCUUGACUACAUUGAAGGGGGUCCCAAAUUGAGGAAAUGGUAUGGGGCACCUGAUCUCCUACCAAAAGAUGGAGCUACCGAGGAAGAUGAGGAUGGUUAUCCGGAAGAUGAAGAAGGUAGAGAUGCAGUUUUAGUAACAGAUGGAGAUGGUGAAAUUGGUCAGAUGAUCAUAUUGCAACUAAUUGUCAAAAGAGCUCGAGUUAAAGCACUGGUGAAGGAUAAGAAAACUGCUAUGGAAGCAUUUGGAACUUAUGUUGAGUUAAUGACCAGAGAUGCAAGUGAUGACUCAUUCCUAAAGAAAGCUCUUAGAGGUGUCCGUGCAAUAAUAUGUCCAAAUGAAGGCUUCUUAUCUAAUGUUGGGAGCUUGAAAGGUUUAAAACAUGUAAUUCUUUUAUCUCAGUUGUCUGUUUAUGGAAGCAGUGGUGGCAUCCAAGCUCUCAUGAAAAGCAAUGCAAAAAAAUUGGCUGAGCGGGAUGAAUCAACUCUCAAGGCCUUUGGAAUUCCUUAUACCAUCAUCAGAGCAGGCAGGCUGCAAAAUACUCCUGGUGGAAAACAAGGCUUCAAUUUUGAGGAGGGCACCGCAGCAAAGGGAAAUUUAAGCAAGGAGGAUGCUGCCUCUAUAUGCGUGGAAGCACUUAAUGUAGUUCCACAAACAGGAUUAAUAUUUGAGGUGGUCAACGGAGAAGAGAAGGUUUCUAAUUGGGAAGAGCGGUUGACUAGAUUGAUGAAGAAGGAAAGAGCAGAGAAGUAGCCUACAAUGGAAGUAUGAAUAAUUUACUAUUAAUAAUGAUGGAUUUGUAUAUCAUUGUCCAAUAAAAUAACACAUUUUUUUUCUGGUUUGGAGUUAAAUCUUCUAAGUCUAUUCUGUAGUUUUGAAACUUGAACUACAUUCAAUUUAAACACUAAACCCAUUUACUUUUGUAGAUGAUACUGUAGAUUUCAAUAGGAUCUUAACCAGAUCAUCUUGUCUGAGGAUUUUUCAAUAGUCAUUAGAUCUUGUAAUAGGAUUUUUUUCACUGGUCAUGAUUGCUUUUAACAAUGUGUGCCAAACAGGAGCCCUACUAAAUUUAUUUCU